UGAAUAGUUUGAAUGCACCAAUCACCUUUGUUGUUUGUGCAACUAACCAAUCAUAAAUAGAAAGGAAGUGACCAAAUAUGAUCAAAUUCUUGGAAUUGGCUCUUUCACAGGAAGUGUAUGAAUAUCUCGAGGAACUUGAUGAAAUGAAUGGGUCAGCCCGAGGUAAUGUAUUGAAUCAAUAUUUGAGGAACACUUCAAUUGGAACGACAGUAAAUUUACUAGACUCGAUGGGUUAACUAGUGUAUAUUAAGGUAGUUGACUAGACACAUAGGCUAGUUGACCCAUUAAGCACCAGUGCUCUCCUCUUGACAAGUAAAAUAAUCUGGCAUUAAACAGAGUAAAAUAAUACAGUCAGGAGCAUCGGGGUGCAAUACGACUCAAUGGGUUAAUAUGUUUUGCAGAAAGCCCAGGCGUUGGUGGAGGUCGCAGCAGUGGUGCCGAAGUUAGAAAACUGAAAGAACAGAAUUUACAACUCAAAGAAGAAAAUAAUCUACUACAGUAUAAAAUUGAAAUACUUCUAGAUAUGGUAUAUUUUUUAACCAUUGUUUAAUAAAGCUAACAAUUAACUACACAACACACACUCAAAACUAAUGAGUAUAAAAAACCACUUGUGGUUCUGACUACAUUAAAAAUGUUUCGAUGUAAAAUAAUGCUAAAAUAAAAAAUUUUAGAGGUACACAAAAAAGAAAAUAAUGUCUGAAGUUAAGUAAGUUUGGUUUAUAUUGCUGUAAAUAUGGCAUCACUUUUAAAGCAUCAUUGAUAAUUUUAUUUGACAUUUUUUUGCUAUUAUUUUGUGUUUCUCAAUCGGCAAAUGCAUUUAAAAAGGUAGCUAACUCUAUAAACUAGAGAAUAAAGCUAAAACAAAGCAAUUUUGAGAGGAACACCAAAAAGAUUUUCUGUUUUGAACACGUUUCAUUGCAAAUACAUGACAUCGAAAAAAUUGCCUCUUAACAGUUUAACUCAAUCUGUAUGCAAUAAUGUGUUUGUCAAAGUAAUACUGAUUGCACAUCUAAAUGUAUCUUUCAGCUUGCGGCAAACAAGGCAGACCUAAUGGUUUUAGAAGAGGAAGUUGACGUCUUAACAAAACAGAAAAGCACAAGAAUUCAGUGAGAAAUUAACAAGAAUACCAUUGAAAAGUCUUGAAAGACAACUACAUGUAUGGUACAUGAUAUAUGGGUUCACGUCCAAAAUCAUGGAUCGUUUUUGAACUUGAAUGAAAAUACAUUUGUACAAUACCUGUUCCAAACAUGGAAUUAUUGCUAAAACAACAUGUCUUCAUGUCUUGCAAAGUAUGUACAGGAUCAACGACUUUCGAAAAAGUGCAUAAUCACAAACAGAUGAUAUUAUGUUGUAUUUGACAAUGACAAGUCUUAUUCUAUUGUUAAAGGGACUUUGUAAUAAUUAGUUUGUAAAUAGUUUGUUUUUUAUAUUUACUAUUCAAGCCAGGAUUUCUGAACACAGUAAUAGGCUGUUGCAGUUUAUCAAUAUACUGAAAAUUAUUGUUAUAAAUAUAUUUAAAUUUUUGAUAUAUCAGAAUAUUGAUAUUUUUCGGUAAAAUCAGCAUCAGUUUACGUUUGUAUAUUUGAACACAAUAUCAAGAUUUUAAACGUGCUGAUUGGAUUUAUUUCAAGAAGGACAAAGAAAAAUGUGUC